CCGCGCAGGGCCGCCGAAGGCGAGCGCGGCGGCGGCGAUGGCGACGACGGCGAGCGCGGCGGCAGCGGCAGCGCUCGGCUCGAGCGCCGCGGCCCGACCGCGGGCUAAACAGCGCUCCCGCAUGGCCGCCCUUGCGCUGCGCGGCGCGACCGCAUGGCCGCAUGGCCGCAUGGCCGCCCCAGGCCCCAGGCGCUAGGCGCUGGGCACUGGUCCUCAGGCCCAGGCUUUGUGCCCGUGGGCCUCGCCAGCCGUAUGGCCGCCGCGGCGGCCAGCUGCAGGCGGCGGGCCCGCGGCGGCCGCUCCGCGCUCGUUGGCCUGUGGCUCCUGCCGCUGCUGCGGCAGCGCGCGGCCGCCGAAGGCGUGCCACCGGACCCGUACAGGCCCUACGACGGCCGCGGCCUCUACCUCCUCGCGGCGUGCGGGGAGGGCCGCGCCGCACUCGCGGCCGCGGCUUCGGCCUCGGAGGAGCUCUGGCGCCUCGAGGGGGCGGGCUGCACGCUGCUGGGCGAGCCCGCGCCGGCCGGGGCCAGGCAGCCCGGCUGCCUCCAGGUCCACGCGGUCUGCGCGUCGGGCGAGCCACCUCGAGGCGUCGUGGCGGUCGUCGCUGAGGAUGCCGGCGCGUGGCUGCGCCGGGCGGGCGUGCCGCAGCGGCACACGGCCGCGCCGUCCGCCUCGGGCGGCCGCGAGGUCGGCGA